UAAUUUCCUGUAGUUAUUUGAAUUUGAGUUCCAAAGUAUUUCUUAUUUUUGUUUUCUAAAAAACUCCAAACGUAAAAAUGAUUUUUUUCGUAAUUUUCUUCAGUGGUUGUUUGUCAAUGUUUCCGAUGGCCGAAAAUCUUCAAAUUAUCAAUUUGGAUGAUGUAAAUGCUACAAAAACUAAAUUACCUGAUGAACAAUUUCCUCCACACGUUUGGAUACCAAUCGAACAGAUCAGUGCAUCAAUUGGUUCGAAUAUAACAUUGAAUUGUUUGAUUGAAGCAAAUCCACUUUCAUUAAAUUAUUGGACAUUUGGAUCAAAAAGUAUUAAUGUAAACAACAACAAAAACAACAGCAACAGCAGUAGCAACGAAUCCAAAUAUAAAAUAUCGAUCAAUAAAACGGCGAAUGAUAAACAUAAUCUUAGAUUAUCCAUACAAUCUUUAUCAUUUGAAGAUGUGGGACAUUAUCAAUGUCAUGCUAAUAAUUCGUUAGGACAUCAAAUGAAACAAGUUGAAGUUCAUGCCCACAAUGACCAAGAGCAACAACAACGUAAAUCAAAAUGGAAAAUAAGUGAUCAUAUACAUGUUCCAUCGUUAACCAAACGAAAAGAAGAUUCAUCAAUAACAUUUGAUCCAUUGACAAUAGAUAAUGACCAAUCAGAACAACCAAAAGAAAAGAAAAUUAAACUUAAAUGGGGACAGGUUCCGUUUAAAAAUACGUUACCAAAAAGAAGGAAAGGACAAAUGGAUGAAGAUAAAUAUAAAGAUAGGGGUGAUGUAAAUUAUAAAUUACGAAAUAAAAACAAACGACCACAACCAAUAGAUGAUGAUAAAUAUAAAGAUAGGGGUGAUGUAAAUUAUAAAUUGCGAAAUAAAAAUCGACCAAAACAUUGAUUGAAAAAAAAGAUGAAUAUGGAUGACCAUUUAAUAAAAUGACUGUGUGUGUGUUCAAC